AUGCCUGAUGACGUCGAGGGCAUCUUCGGCGACUGCGCCUUUGCAUUCGUGCCCAGCGACUCGUUGGCUCCCAACCUCAUUCACAGCCUCGGGACGAUUCUGAUAGAGAAUGGCGCCGAAAUCGUCGAGCCCCGACGCGAUGGCUCAAUACCAAUCGACCGCGUCACGCACAUCAUCUCCAACACCAUCGACUUCCCGCAGUACGUCGAGACGCAGGCCGUCAUGAUCCCCGUCAUCACGACGCAGUGGAUCACCGUCUCCAUCUCCCGCCGCAAGCAGGCCCAGGUCCGCCCCUUCUCGCCCGAUCCCGCCAUGAUCUUCUCCGAGGUCGUCGUAACGUGCGCGGACCUGCCGCAGAUGGACAAGGAGAGCAUCCUGGGGGCCGUCAUGGCGCUGGGCGGGCAGGAGUCCAAGGACGCGAGCAAGCUGUGCACGCACAUUUGCGCCUUGUCGAUGGAUCAUCCCAAGGUCGUGGCUGCGCUGGAGAGGAAUUGGAAGGGAAAGAUUGUUUUGCCGCACUGGUUCGACGAUUGCUUCAAGCUGGGGAAACGGAUCGACGAGAGACCCUAUCUUCUUCCCGACCCCGACAUUCUGAAACGGGGCGCUGAUGAAGAUCUCGACAUUCCGAUGAACAAGAAUCUUGUCGGAGCAUCAUCAGCGAAUCCCGAGUUUCUGCCUCUGUCCAGCGACACCUCUUCCAGACCGCCCGUCACCGUUUUUCAGGACAAGAGCAUUCUCCUCUGCAAGGAUCUUAAGCUGACUGCGCGUCUUGAGAAUGCCCUCAAGGACAUCAUCGAGUAUGGGGGCGGUCGGUUGGUGGAGGACGUUGACGAGUGCGAUACGCUGAUUUGCCGGUACCGAGAUGGGGAUGAGUACGUGCGAGCCUCUCAGGCGUGCAAGGAUGUAGGCAAUCUGUCGUGGCUGUACUUCCUCAUUGUGCGCAAUGAGUGGACGUCGCCCCUGCGCCGGCUACUUCACUAUCCCAUCCCUAGAGGGGGCAUCCCAGGCUUUCAGGACAAGCGCAUCACCGUGUCUAACUACGGCGGCGAGGCGCGGAUCUACCUCGAAAACCUGAUCAAGGCUUGUGGCGCGGAGUUUACUAGGACGAUGAAGACCGACAACACCCACCUGAUCACGGCCCGCAACUCGAGCGAGAAGUGCAAGGCUGCUCCUGAAUGGGGCAUCACCGUGGUCAACCACCUCUGGAUUGAAGAGAGCUACGCCAAAUGCGAGAUGCAGCCCGUCAACGUCAAAAAGUACAACCACUUUCCGUCCCGGACGAAUCUGGGCGAGAUCAUCGGACAGACCUCUUUCAACGAGUCUCGGCUCAGGGACUUGUACUACCCCGGAGGCGAGCGCACCAUGUCACCAAGCGCCAAGAGGAAGAGGAAGAUACUCGAAGCUGCCGAAAACAAUGCGUAUUCGCAUGGCCCGGCUGAGGGCGAGGAGACGCCCGCUUCAAGGAAGAAUCGGCGAGAUGCGCAACUCGUCACUCCGGCACGCUCCCGGCCUGCACGCGCCGAUAAAGAAAACGAGACGCCCAUGAUCAUGUCGAGCGGCGGACGUAGCGCCAAGUCGAAAGCCAUGGACAAGCUCUCGUCCAUUGCGCCGGAUAUUGCUCUCUACGAAAAGGAGAAGAAGAGGACCAGCAAGCCGGGCACUCCCUUUGGAGGCAAAAAGGCUGCAGAGCUGACGGAAAAGGAAAAGGGGAGCGCAAAGAAAGCAGUCGCCCGCAAGGACGGAGACGACGAAGAGCGUCCGGCCAAAAAGUCACGGCCUUCGCUGCCGGGAAUCGAGAUGCGCAUUAUUCUCACGGGAUUUCCGAGAUGGGUGGACAACCAGACCAAGGAGGAUCAAGAUCGGAGAAAACUACGCGACCUCGGAAUCCAAAUUGUCCAAGAGGGCCACCCCUGUGACUACCUAGCCGCGCCGCACGUUGUCCGGACGGUCAAGUUCCUGUGCGCCCUCGCCCGCGGUCCUACCGUCAUAUCGUCCAGCUUCGUCGACCAAAUCCUCGAGACGGGCAAGAUUCCCGCAGUGGAGAAGUUCAUCCUUAAGGACGAUGAUGCCGAAGCCAAAUACAACAUCAAUCUGCAACAGUCGGUGGCCCGGGCCAAGGCUCACCGCGGCAAGCUCCUGCGCAACGUGGGCAUCUACUGCACGGACAAGGUUAGGAACGGCCCCGACAGCUAUCGCACCAUUGCCGAGGCCAACGGCGCCACCUUUAAGAUUUACCGGGCACGAAGCGGCUCGACCAUCAAGCCGACGACGGCGGAGCAGGAUAACUUUUUGCCUCCCGAUCCGGUCUAUCUUCUCAGCGGCAACAGCGCGGAGGAGAAGCAGCUAUGGCCGCGCUUCCGGGAGAUGGCGGAGAAGGGACACAUGGAGCCGCGGAUUGUAUCGCCGGACUGGCUGCUCGAUGUAGCCAUGGCGCAGCAAGUGCGGUUCGACAAGAAGUUUCUGAUUGACGGGGAGUAA